AUGGCGGACCCCUCGAGCUCAGGCUCUGGCCCGCGCCAGCUGCCCGUCAACCUCUUCACGCGGAGUGACAGCUAUGCCAUCCCGCAGUCGACGUACUUCAUCCCGGCGGACUGGCGGCGUUUCCAGCUCUCCGAGCUCAUCAACAAGGUGCUCGGCCAUGGCGGCGACAGCGGCGUCGCGCCGGUCCCGUUCGACUUCGUUGUCGAGGGUGAGGUGCUCCGCGGCUCGCUCGAGAACUGGGUCAAGCGCCACCGCGGCGACGACGAGGAGACGGCUAUCUCCAUCGAGUACAUGCAGAGCGUCAUGCCUCCUACCGAGGCGGGACGAUGGGAGCAGGAGGACUGGGUCUCUGGCAUCAGCCUCCAGAGGAAAGGGUAA